AUGGCAGAACUGUGUUACCUUUCAUGUCCCGAUCCUGUCUGCGUCAAAUACAAGUCAAUAAUUGACGUCUUACGAGAAAAGGCAUAUGAGACUCCUGAAAAGGAAAUGUACAUUCAGAAAUCUGUAGACGGCGAACGAAGGUCAUUGACAUAUGUUGAACUGUUGAAGAGGUCGACAUACAUCGCUAAGUAUCUCAUCAGUAAGGGGAUCAGGUUAGGAGACAGCGUGGCCAUUAUUGGCACAAACUCCAUUGAGUGGAUAAUUGGUGUGUUCGCAAUCAUGUCUACAGGAGCUGUUGCUGUCCAUAUACAUAAAACAUCGGAGUCGUUCGCUGAAACGGUAAAGGAACUGAAGUCUACAAAAAGCAAAGCUAUCCUGCUUGAUCCCGGAACGGACAAAAAGUACAUUUCAGACAUGGAAGAGUACGUCAGCAGGAGGGAUUCUUCGCACGACAAACCGACAAUUCUGUUACUACAUAAAUCAACACUGUCUUCCCUUCCGUCUUUAGACGGUGUAGUUCUGACAGCCACCCAGGCAGCAGUCUCAUUGCCAACAAUACAACCAGAGAGUAGCGCCUUGAUUUUUACCACUUCCGCUCAACAGGGGUUCCAAAAAUGGCUGAAAUGA